AUGCAGGCUCCAUUGUUUUCCUUAUUACACAAACAACAACCAUCCACUGGCAAUCAUAUUGUCAAUCGGCAUAAUGUCAAAUUGUUUAUUCGGAUUUGUGUCGGUCUCGCUUUGGCACAUAUUGUUGGCCAACGAUUUCGACCGAGUAAUGCUGCUCCUAGCGUUACAAAAUCCAAUUGGAAAUAUCGACCUCAAAAAGUACAACCGACGGCUCUCGGUGAUGAUCAAGCCGAUGAUGAAAAAACUACUACAAUUAGCACGUCAACUAUUUUGUUAACUACCAACGGCUGGCGACCGGGACAAUUGAAAAACUGUACUGAGCCUGCCAUCGAUGAAUUUCCCGAAGACCUUUUUACUCAGUCACAACGACGUCAUGGAGCGAUCAUAUUUCAUUUUAUGGCUUGUCUCUAUAUUUUCAUUGCCAUAGCAAUCGUUGUCGACGAUUAUUUUAUAUCUGCAUUGGAUAAACUUUGUGCGGCAUUGGGUCUUGACGAAGAUGUUGCAGGCGCAACAUUCAUGGCUGCUGGUUCGUCUUCACCUGAGCUUUUUACUGCUAUUAUUGGUAUUUUUGUGGCUAAAGGCGAUGUUGGUGUAGGAACAAUUGUCGGCUCAGCUGUAUUCAACGUUGUCUGUGUCAUUGGUGUAUGUGGAUUAUUCGUUAAUGGAGCAAUACGAUUGACCUGGUGGCCAUUAUGUCGUGAUUCUAUAUACUAUGGCUUGUCAAUCCUUGUUCUAAUCAUAUGUUUAUCCGAUGGACGUAUAACAUUAUUCGAAUCGAUAUUUCUUCUAUUAAUGUAUGCAGGAUAUAUAUGUAUUAUGUGUAAUAAUCAAAAACUGCAAAGAUUAUUUGUUAAUCGUUGGCAAGUUUUUAAAACAUAUGGUGGACCCGAAGAGCCAAUACUGACUUAUGCGAAUAAUCAAAGAUCAUACGGAAUGAAUAAUACUUAUGAACGAUUCGCUGAUGAUGAUGGCCGGACCUCUAAUAACAAUCCAACGAUGGAGCAAAAUAAUCCUAUGCCAAUUGAUGAAAUGAUAGCUAGAUCAUGUUUACCAUUUGAUUUCGAAACGACAGUACUUAGAAUAAUGAUGUCAAGAUAUUAUCGAAGUCAAACUCGAUUUAAAAUGGCUGUACGAUUCGUCAUCAGUGAAACACGGUUACAACAAGGACAAGGUGUAACUCGUCCACAGAAGCCAGCAAACGAAAGACGAUUCUCAUUUUAUCAAGGUCGAACACCAAGUUUGUUAGCAGCUGAAGAUAAUUAUGACGAUUGGAAAAAUAUUCCUAAUUGCAGUAAUGAUCCAAUGAACUGUGGAAAAUGGGUAAUAAUUUCACCAAUUAAAAUUCUCUUCCAUUUUACAAUUCCUGACUGUCGUAAUCCGAGAUGGUUUAAAUGGUAUCCAUUUACAUUUGUCAUGGCUAUUGUUUGGUUAUGUCUAUUGACUUAUCUAAUGGUUUGGAUGGUUACAAUUAUUGGUUUUACAUUUGGCAUACCGGAUAGUGUUAUGGGCAUAACAUUUUUGGCUGCUGGUAGUAGCGUUCCAGAUGCAAUGAGUAGUGUCUUAGUCGUUCGGCAAGGUCUUGUCGAUAUGGGUGUAUCAAAUACAUUUGGUUCGAACGUAUUUGAUUUACUAGUUGGCCUUGCUCUACCAUGGUUUUCUAAAGCAUUAGCUAGUGGAGAAGCCGUACAUAUAAAUUCCAAUGGAUUGAUGUACGAUUCUGUUCUUCUACUUGGCAUUGUUGGCAUAACGGUAGUUAGUUUUCACCGUCGAAAAUGGUAUUUAGAUAAAAAUUUGGGUAUUUUUUUCCUUGCUGUUUAUGGAAUAUUCGUGAUUUUCUCAUUAUUAAUUGAACUUAAUGUCUUCGGUUUUGUCAACCCACCUAUGUGUUAA